CUACUUUACUUGUGAUAAUCAUUAAUGAUUAAUGUAUUAAUAAUAGUAAUAAUUGAGACUAGCUGUAAUAGUUUGUCUGCCACUACUAUUAACAAUGGCCGAUGAUUAAAAUAAUCAUCACCAUAAAGAGAAAAAAAAAAUUAUCAAUUAAUUACUCAAUAAAUGAAAAUUAGUGUCAUCAAGACUAGAAAUAGAUUGAUUCCUAGACAUGCUCUUGCAUGUACCUUGGCUACAAACAAUAAAACCUCCAGUAUUUCUUUGAAAACAAAACAAAAGUAUGUAACAGGUGGCCAAGAUAAGAGCAAAGAGAAUAACCACGUUGAAUCUAUAGGCUAAAAGAGAAAGUCCACAGCAGGAUACUGAGAUUUCACUACUGACAAUACUUCUGAAAAAUUCAAACUAAAACAAAACAAUCUCAUCCGAAAAUCUAAGUAGUUUCAUUCAGAGAAAGCACAAAAUUACUACAUGUAUAUCAAAAGUUCCAACUAUAAACACUUCAUUAAUAAUGGUAUUUCUGUAGUGUUUGGGGUUUUUGAACUGUCUUGUUUCAUCUUCAAUUAAUAAAUCACUCUUUAGCUUAUCACCUGUGUCUCGUAUUGACAAUUACAUGUAAGGAUCAACAGUACAUGCAAACUUAGUUUGUCUCUGAACACUUGACCACAUCACCAAACGCAUUAUCACCAUGAUAACCUGCUCAGUGAUAAAUGUUCUAAAGUCAAGCAUUAGGAGAAGAAAAACCAUUGAAGUUGAAGACCAAUAUGUUCUAGUAGGGAACGAGUCUACUAGAACUCUUUAUAAGGAGCUUGAUGACUCAGAAAUCCAAAAGAAAAUAGAUUAUGAAGUACGAAUGCGAGAUGGCACGGUGCGUCUCUUAUCAGCCUGCCAUGAGGAAGCACAAGCUCUUGAAGCAUCCAAAAACUUGCACACAAUUAACUCUAGAAUUCUAGCCUUAAUGGGAUUAUUACAAAGACAUAGAGCAAAGUCUGUAACUAAAAGAGUGAGACGGAGAGAGUCAAGCUCAACAACUGAUGAAGAAGAAGAAACAGUAUUAGAGCCCUGUAAAGCAAGAGUCUCUUUGUCAGACAUACGGAUCCCAUUGAUGUGGUCUCAAGACGAUCAUCAAAAGGCAAAAACCGAACAACACAUUUACUAUGUCUUCUGUCUACUUAAAAUGGAUAACCAAGUAUUGGAUACAUCAAUGGUAGAAACAGAUGAAUCUGAAACCGAUAUCACCUUUGAUGAUGUCAUUGUAUUCAAAAAUGUCAGUCCAGAUUUCAAGCUUGAAUUAGAAAUAUACUACACUGUGUCAUCUGAGACAGCAGCCAAUAGGAACUCGCAUACAAAAAAAUUUACCAAAUCAAAAUCUACUGAAGCCAUGAAGUUUGUUCUUGCUGGCCACACUCAUUUGAAUGUAGAUCAUUUGGAUGAUAAGAUAAAGACGUACGAUCUUAAGACAGGUCUUGUUGGUGCCAGUUUCUCUGCAACCACUGCAUCUACUGAGGAAGUCCAUGCACCACAACUUGCUCUAUGGGGACAGGUCUGCUGCCGACUCGCUGCUAAACCUGAUUGCUUAGGAGUUGAUAAAAUGAAAGGAUUUCUUGAUGUGCAGUGUCUCAAUAAUGGCCGUCACACCUGGUCCAAAUUAUGGUGUAUUUUACGGAACUCUUCCAUUGUAUGUUGGCACAAAGAAGACGAUGUUGAUGUCUGUCCACCAGUUGAAACUAUUGAUAUAAAAAUGAAUAUGCAAAUAAAAGAUUCAGUGACACCCACCCUAAAAGACAAACACAUUAUUAUAUUAGCAAGCAAAACACAUGAUAAAGAACCAGUCAUCUCAACAGAAACAGAGGAAGAAUGCAUUAAAUGGAAAAAAGCUUUGCAUGGAGCAAUUUUUAACGUCACCUCAUGGAAACAAGCUUGUACAACAUCAAUGAAAAUAGAAAAUCCGUCAAGGAAGAUAUUCCUACAACCACAAAAACUUUAUGAUUCUGUAGACGUUGUGCUAUCGCCACUUGCUGAAGAGCCAGAAAAUAAUCCACCACAGCAACACCCUGCAGGUCAUGAUGAAGGAGGUACAGGCACUACUGAUGCAAAGUGUACUUAUGAUAUCUGGCAAAGACGAAAACCAGAAGACAGCAGCGAAAAGAAGAACAAAAAUGGACACAAUGGUUUAGAAUUUGAAGCUUAAGACUUCAGCGUAAAUUAUCACCCAAUAUAUUCCAUCCAUUAGACUUGCUCCAAGUCUUUCUCAUUGAUUCAUUGCGUUGCAUGGGAUUCCUGUCUAAUACUGAGCUUGAAAUGUUUGGUUUCCAAUCCAAACACCAAAUGACAACACAGGAAUCCCAAGCAAGGAAAAAAAUCAACCAGCAAGACUGAGAAAUAACCAAAACCUCUGUUUAAAAGUAGCUAUAUAAAAAAUGUAAGAUUUUCAAGGAAAAAAUAUCACAGAAAAUGAAACAUCAAAAUUUAUGUAUGAUAGCAAAUCAAUUCAAAUAACAUUCAAAUUAACCAAUGAUUGACAAUGAUUAACAAAUUAGUUAAAAGAUAGUGGUUUUCAUUGUUAAAAUUACCCUGCUCUUAAUAUUGAAUUUACUCAUAAUUAAUAGUCUGUGCUAUUGGAUAUGGUUUGCUUAAUUAUUUUUACAGUUUUCAGCAUUCAUAUUAUUUAAAAUUGCAGUCCAACUUGCCAUUCAUUUUGCAAUGGGAAUGAGCAAGCUCACAUAAUUUUGCAGGUAAUUUUUACAGUGUUAAAGGAAGCAUUCAUAGGCCAGCUACAAAUAUUUUGCAAAUAUUUUUUUAGUGAGCACUCUAAUAAUUAGCUUUGUUGUGGUUCUUUAUAGUUUUUAUUAAGCCUGUUAAUUUGUAGUUUGCAGUGAAAGAUUCCUAAAACUAAGACAAUAAUAUUGUAUAUACAUAAAAUGAAAAUAAUGCUAAUUUAUUUGAUAUUAUCUUAUCCACGAAUAUAAAUAUAUAAAUAUAAAACAAUGAAAA